UGAACGUUGUCUACGAGUGGUGUUUGUGAGUGUAUUUCGUGGACAACAGUACAACACAUACUGUAAUACAGUGUCUAUUAGUUGGCUAAACGUCAGCACAAUUUGUGGAUUCACUAAUCAGUCACUAAUAAUUCACGAAGAAGUCAACGGAUCAGCCAUGGGUUUAACGAUAUCGAGUCUAUUCACGCGAAUGUUUGGCAAAAAACAGGUGAGAAUAUUGAUGGUAGGGUUGGACGCUGCGGGCAAGACAACCAUCCUCUAUAAGCUCAAGUUGGGAGAGAUCGUGACCACCAUUCCCACCAUCGGUUUCAAUGUGGAGACCGUUGAAUACAAGAACAUCUCGUUCACGGUGUGGGACGUCGGCGGACAGGACAAGAUCCGCCCUCUUUGGAGGCAUUACUUCCAGAACACUCAGGGAUUGAUAUUCGUUGUCGACUCCAACGACAGGGAACGGGUGGGAGAGGCCCGCGAAGAGCUCAUGCGGAUGUUGGCUGAGGACGAGCUCAGAGAUGCCGUUCUCCUCAUCUUCGCCAACAAACAGGAUUUGCCGAAUGCCAUGAAUGCGGCCGAAAUCACCGACAAGUUGGGUCUGCACUCCCUGCGCAACAGGAACUGGUACAUCCAGGCUACCUGUGCCACCUCUGGCAAUGGCCUCUACGAAGGACUCGAUUGGCUCUCAAAUCAACUCAAAAAUCAAUAGAUUUUGUGCACAUUUUUUACAUUUAUUUAUCUAUUUUUAAGUGAUUUUGAAAAUACGUUUAGUUUAAACCGAAACCUUAGACCCAAACUCGUCAUCACAUUAUGUGAAUUGGAUUUAUUGUAUGAUUAUUAAUGAAUUGGUAUUUAAAUAAAAACAUAUUCUUUAAUAUAUUUAAA